CUGUGAUUCUGUGAGAUGGGCUUAUUUCGGCUGAGCAUUCCCCAGCACCUGAGGGCGGUUUCAGGGUCGCGCUGUGGGCUCGGGCCCAGCGGCGGCCCCGGGCCCGGCCGCCCCCGAUGGCGUUGCCGCGGCAACCGUGACUGGGCGGGAAGGGCGAGACCGGCCCGGCCCCACAGCCCACCCCACAGCCAACCCCGAGGCGGAUCCCAGCCCACCCCCGCAGCCGGCCUCCAGGCGCGCUCGGACCGACAGCCGACUCCACAGCCGCCCCCACAACCAACCCCGAGGCAGAUUCGACUCCGCACUCUGCCCCAGAGCGGACCCCGGCCGGCCAUGGAGCUCGAGGAGGACUUGGAUAUGUUGGAUCCAGAGAGGUUAAUCCAGUGCCCCUUGGUUAAACACCACUGGAUCAGAGCACGGCGGUUUCCCUAUCACCUGGUGAAGUGUAAGGAGAGCAACCCUGAAAUUGCAAAGAAAUUGGCCACGUGUCCCUUCAACGCUCGUCACCUGGUUCCUCAGGCUGAACUCAGCAACCACAUCAUGAACUGCAAUGACAAAGCCUUUGUAGAGCAAGAUGUGGUGAGCCGGUCCUGUGAGUCCCCACAGGAGCAGCUGAAUAAUGGGAGCACAUGGCAGGCACCUCCAUGUGCUGAAGACUGGGAAACAGACUUGCUGGAGGGAUCUGAGUCUACUUUUGUGUGGGGUGUGAUCAACUCUACCGUGAACAGCACCAUCAGUGACCAGAACAACUCCUUGCCCUCGCGGAUGCGGCCCCCUGAGACCCUCCCGUACAGCGUGUCUGCAGGCCUAAUUCGGAGUAUUAGUUCCUCCCCGUGGAACUUAGUUUUACCCCAGCAGUAAGUGUCUCCAUGGCUUGGACAGGAGAGCUGCUGCAGAAGACAGACAUGCUCUGGACCUGAUGGCAGGACUUUCUACAACUGGCUUUGUUGCAGAAUAUGUUUCUUGUAAUGUUUGAAUAUGUGGAACUGUCCUUGGUUGGCAGAUGUUUCCCCCAACCACCUGUUUUAAAAGUUACCCUCACCUUUACUUGGUGAAUUUUGUUACUGUUUUUGAAAAAAAUAAACUGAUAAAUGUACACAGAAACCUUCCCAGCCCAGCCCUUGGUCAUGGUGGCUCCCUGUGAACAGGAAAAACAUAAUUGCCAAGUCUCUGUUUUUUGUAACAGGCAAACUUAGAAGUAUUUUACUGUGCAUGCACAUUUUGUUUUUAUUUUGUUGGAGUCUUGAGUUUGUCCACUCAGGUGGACAUACUCAGGUAUGGCAAGUGUUCAAGUUGGGUUUUAAACUGUGUUGUCAUUUGCAGAGACUGCUUUGAGAGCAUCCAGACCUUAACUUUUGCACCUUCACACCUUAGGCCUCGCCUUUGUCACCUUGGGCCUUGCCUUUGUCACCUUAGGCCUUGCCUUUGUCUCCUGUGUGUGAGGGACUUCCCCAGGCAGACAUUAACAGAGAAUCCUCUGCAAGUUCCUUGCAUCACACACAACUCCAAACAGGGGAAGUUUCAGGAGGACACUGAGGUGCUUUUCCAGUUUCCAUUAGAGUUUUGCAAUUUUCUAUGCUUGAAAUGUGUUUGAGAGCUCUCAGCUACCUGUUCUGUAUUGGGGAGGAAGGGAGUAGGAAUGGUUUAAAUCAAUAAAAAUGCAUGUUCAGGACUGAAAAUGUUCAGAUCAAGCAGUAUAUUUCUAAACAUGCAAAGUGCAAAAUGGGAUCUAAAUAUAGAACCAUAAAGAAUUAAGAAGCCAGACAUGAUGUUUGUCUAGAAAGAGAUUAAUGCCUUCAUAUUUUCCCCUAAAGACUGGAUUUCCACCAUCUGUAUACUACUACUAGAAAAUAAUACAUGUUGACUCAAAUGUGCAAAAUUAAUAUUUUAAAGUUCUGUCAAUUUAUGGCAAGGUUCUUGUUAGCAAUUCAGAAUAAAAAUGUUUGAAAUGCCCUGA